AUGGAGGACGAGAUUGACUUCGACAGAAAGUCCUUGGCGAAGAUUUUCGACAGAAUCGACAAGGAUGGAAGCGGACAGCUAUCUCUGCAGGAACUCAUUGAAGGAGCCCGCAGCGAUCAAGAUUUUCAAAGCCGCCUCCGCGUGAUGGAUAUCGACGAGCAAGAUUUGGAGCAGCUCUUCCACAUGAUAGACCAGGAUCAAUCCGGAACUAUCGAGGUGACAGAGUUCAUCGGCCCCCUGUCCCGGUGGGCACAUGACUCCAAGACGGCCCCCCGCUUUAUCAAGUAUAACAUGCUCCAGGCAAUGCACCUCCAGGAAGAUCUUUACGAUCUUGCCGUGGGGUCCUUCCAGCAGUUGGCAGCCAGGAUAGAAGACUUGUCUCAUCAAAUCCAGGUGUUGAAAACCGGAGACCUGUCCCUUGCAGCAGCCCAGACGUCAGAGCAUGAAGGAUUUCAUCCUGAUGGUAGUAAGUCGGACAUGUUGACCUCCGAGAUUCACGCGCAAGGCGGCCAGGAGAGUCCAGUCAGUGUCGAAGAUCGGCACAUCAUUAAGACGAAUAUCGAAGCCAUGCUUGAGUCUGCGAUGUCCAGGCUUGAAACCAAGUUGGAUAUCAUGCUUGCCGACGAUCACAUCAGACCGAGAGAUUUGUUACACAUAGGCGCCGGACAUGAUGAGGGCCGAGCUAGGUACCGGAAGGGCAAGAAGAUGCUCCACCCGGAAGCCUUCCGCAGCAUGUACCUGAAUCAUGGCCGCCAAAUUUCGUCGAUCGCCCCUGCAGAUUCUGGCGAGAGAAGCAGGAAGGUCUACUUCGGGGAGAACGGUUCUCCCGUGUUAAUUUCUGAACAGCUCGGUCCUUUGUCGUCAACAGAUGCUGCUGCUGCUCAUUUCCCUGCAGCCGGCAGGUCUGCGGACACUUUUAAAGCCUUUUCUGUUAACAUCUCACCUAUACAGACUGUAAAAAUGUAA